AUGGCACUAACUCGAGAGGAGCGCGCCUCUCAGUCUCAAUCUACAGCUUGUCCACCGUCGCCGCUGCCGGCGACGCUCUUGUCUAUGAUGCCGUACGUUCCGCUCGUGGGCAGGCUCACUAUCCGCGAAUAUACCGCCAUCUUUGUUGGCUCCUUCGCCGUCGUUCUCGAGACUCUGCUCACCACCAUCAUCGCCUUCCUCCCCAAGUCGGUCAUCAAAUGGUUUUACAACCGCUCGCGCCCUAUUUUUCACCUGUUUGUCGGGCCUCCGAUUCCAAAGUCGCCAGAAAGGGAUCUUGCUGAGCGCGUCCGCCGUGCGCCAGAUUUUGAUCACCUCUGCGACAUAUUUGGCUACACGUUCGAGGAACAUGUUGUCAUGACCAAGGACGGGUACCUGCUCGGUCUACACCGUCUGCCUUUCCGCCGCGGGGAGACACGCGAGGGCCGCGGACGGAGCACCGGGAAGCCCGUCGUAUAUCUACACCAUGGCCUCCUCAUGAACAGUGAAGUCUGGAUCUGCCUCACCGACCCUCGCCGCAGCGUCGCCUUUGCCCUCGUCGAACGCGGUUUCGACGUCUGGCUUGGAAAUAAUCGGGGAAACAAGUACUCGCGCAAGAGCAUUCACCAUAACCCAAACGCCACUCGCUUCUGGGACUACAGCAUCGACGAUUUUGCCUGGCACGACAUACCCGACUCGAUCGAAUAUAUCCUCCAUGUCACCAAGGAAGAGAGUCUCAGCUACGUCGGAUUUAGUCAAGGAACGGCUCAGGCGUUCGCCGCGCUCAGCAUACACCCGCAGCUAAAUGACAAGGUGAAUGCCUUCAUUGCCCUUGCUCCCGCCAUGAGUCCCGCCGGGUUAUCUGCACCUAUUGUUGACGGCCUUAUGAAAGCGUCCCCAACAUUGCUCUUCCUCAUUUUUGGGCGCAAAGCGAUUCUCUCCUCCGUGCCCGCAUGGACUUCGAUGCUAUACCCGCCUGUCUUUUGUGAGAUCAUCACACACUCGCUUCGCUUCCUUUUCUCCUGGAAGUCCGACAACAUCUCGGCCCUCCAGAAACUUGCAGCCUACUCGCACCUCUACAGCUACGCCUCCGUGAAGAGCGUCGUCCACUGGUUCCAGAUCAUGCGAAACGCCAAGUUCCAGAUGUACGACGACGCGGUCCAGCGCGUCAUCCGCGUCCCCCGCACGGCGCACCGCCAUCGUCCGAGCGGCGUCACCAGCUACGCUCCCGCGCGGUUCCCGACCCGCAACAUCGUCUCGCCCAUCGUCCUCCUUUACGGCGACCACGAUUCGCUUGUCGACAUCGACGUCAUGCUCCGCGAGCUCCCCGCACACACCGUUGCGCGCUGUUUAGAGGGAUACGAGCACCUCGACGUGCUCUGGGGCGAGAACAUCCACCGCGAUGUCAUCCCGCACGUCCUCGAAGCACUGAGGGAUCACUGCGUGCAGCCGACACGGGUCAGGUUGCUUCCCGAGGACAUGUACCCGGUGCAAGAGGCCAAGAUCAGGGUGCUUGUCAACGGCGUCGACACCGAUUCUACUCCAAGUUCGGGGAUGGAGACCGCUUCGGGCUAUGCGAGUGGUCAGGAUGAGAGUUAA